UUUCAGUGACUUUUAUCACCUCAGGGGAAGAUGCUUCUCUUUUUAUUGCUGCUGUACGUUAUUAUUUAUGCUGAGGGAAAAUGUGCAAAGAACUAUUAUUACGAUGGACUUCUUGAGGAAUGUCAACAUUGCUCCAUUAGAUGCAACUCUCCACCAAUUACUUGCAAAAAAUUUUGUACCUCAAUCCCAGAAAAUGAAGUUGAAAAGAAUCAAAAUAUCCGUUUAAUUUUGAUCGUGUUUUUUGUGUUCCUGGGAGCUUUCACAGUACUCACCAUUAUUCUGCAAGUUAUACGCAGAAAAUCCUGUAAGCCCAUCAUGAACAAAGUGAUAGGUCAAGAACACAAGAACGACAGCGAGAGAGGCUCGAAUGCCACAGAGCAAUCUGAAGACACGGAUGAAGCUACAACUUAUUUGCCUGAAGGACUGAACCAGGAUCACUACAACUCCAACCUGCCUCUUCCUUCCACCGAGGAAGGUACUACACUGCUGGUUACCACAAAGACUGUGCAAGCUUACCACUGCACACCUGUUAUAUAGAGGAGGAGAUCACUGGAACUUUCACAACACUGCACAUCAUCUGGUGAAAGACAGUAGUGAGGAUCAUAUCACCAUUACUCUGUCACGACUGCAGGAUGCAAUAAUAAUGAACACAGUAUGGUAUCUGACUGUCAGAAUGAGUAUUUCAGCCUUAUUUAGAUGUAAGAAUUAUCUGCAAUAUUAGAAUUGAUAAAAUAUUAAUUUUUUUUUACCAUACUUUGUCCAAAAGGUCACCACUUUUAUGCGUAUUUUUGAAUCAGUGCAAACCCAGUACACAUUUAUGCUGUAUCUUUGUUAAAUUAAAAUGUGCUACUUCAAUUAUGAAGGCUUACAGUUUGUAAAUAUACUUAAAUAAAUAAAUAAAUGCAUGACAUUUAUGUAAUAAGUUCUUAAAAGAAUAGUUCACCCAUUUUUAGUCUGCCAUCAUUUACCCUUUUACCCCCUGCCCCCAAAUUUUAUCCUGUAUUUACUGUCGCUGUAUGACAAAAAUGAACGUGAAGGUUAGGGAAGUUGUCUGUUCCCAGCAUUCUGCCAAACGUUUCCUUUUGUGUUUCUCAUAAGAAAUAAAGUCAUACAGGUUUGGAAUUACA